CCGGUCCGACAGCGUUUGGAGCUGGAGUCAAGUCACCUGAAUGAAGAAAUGAAAGACUAGUUUUACAAAAGCGGGACAGAGAGUGAGAGUUGAAGUGAAAGAGAAGGAAAGAGAGAAAACAAGCUCCGGGUACUAAGUCCACGCGGUGACUGUCAACGUUUGAUAUCAACGUUUCUUUCUUUUUUUUCCCGCCGCUGUGACGGGUUUCUCGGGCUUACACACACUUUUUAAAGUUUUUCUUUUGAGAAAAAGACAGGUUGGUGAGUAGACAGUUGUGCUGUCAGUUUGGUGUCCCGGUUUGGAGGCAGGCUGUACCGGGACAGACGCACACAUCUGUGAAAACAGAUACCCUGUCACAGCGACAGAGGACGGAGCGUGUCACCAUGCCUGUGCGACAGAAAGAUGCUAAGCGAGCCCUGGAGCUUCUCCAGCAGUAUCGGGCCAAGCUUGACCAGAGACAGCAGAACCAGAACCAGACCAAACAGGGCCAUAUAGAGGAAGAUUCUCAGCUGCAGCAGUCUCUGGACAGAGUCAUCAAUGUCUUCCAAAGUCAGCUCUUUAGUGCUCUGCUGGAUAUUCAGGAAUGCUAUGAGUUGACCAUCCUUGCAGACAGCAAGUGUUCUGUGGACCAGACAGAUGGUCCAUGGAAACUCCCUGCCUCCUGUAACCUACCAACAGAGCUAUCAGCCCAGCCACAGCCCUCCUCUGGUCCCCUCAGCCCCCAGGCUUCUGGAGGGGGGUCCCAGUCAAAACCCCUGACCCCCAAACGCAAGUCAGUCAAGUCCCAUGCUGCUCCACUCCCAUCCGGGACACCCACAACAAAGCCAUCUUCCCCUGCAACAGAGUCCAUUACACCACAGUCACAGCCAGCCAAGAUGAAGUACCGCGCUCCCCCCCCUCCUGUUAAUCCUGGAGCCUCCAAAUCAUUGGCAUCAGAGACUCCUAUGCCCUCCUCUCCCUCUGCUGCCACAUCCCCCGGAGUCACUGUGAAUAGUGUAGAAACCCCCACUGGUUCCAUAAAAACAUCUCCUGGAGCAUCCCUGAAUGGAACAAAGCCACGUCUUACCUCUACCAACUCUAAUGUUUCUUCAGAAAUCUCCAUCACCUCCAACAAUCCACAAAACGAUUCUGUCUCUCCAGACCUCAACCUGGUGACUGUCUCAGCCCUCGUCUCCAGCAGCAUCCAAGGCUUUGUGGUUCCAACCACUCCAGACAAACCUACCACCACCAGCACCACUCCUAUCACCAGCCCAGGUCUAAACAGAGUCCCAGAUGCUGUUGUAGUCUCUACAGCUCUUGCGACCAGCAAGGACCCAGGCAUAGGCACUCCCAGCACAAGUCCAACUAUCCCCAACCAGAGAAAAUUCACCUUCAGCAGCCGCAGCCCCACAGGUCCUCCGGGGCCCUUGGCUAAACAUCUGAGUCCAACCAGCCCCGGGCCAGCAAAAGUCACUUCCACUAGCCCUAGCCAUGGUCCAGCCAGCCCCAGGCCAGCUACAAGCCCGCUGACCCCCAACAAGAAGUAUCGAUAUCAAGAAGAGGAAGGGGCGUCACCAGGUGCUCCAAAACUCCACCAACACACCUGCCAUCAGCAUCCAAUGGGUGUAGCCAGAGAGCUGAGGGACGUAGGGACCUUGGGGAGCGAUGGAGGGACUCUGGGGAGGGACGGAGGGACCCUGGGGAGGGACGGAGGGACCCUGGGGAGGGAGGGAAGGGAGGGGAGGGAUGGGAGAGAGGGGAGGGAAGGAAGGGAAGGGAGGGAAGGGGGGACCUGGAGGGACAGGGGGACCUGGAGGGACGGGGGGACCUGGAGGAGAGACGGAGGGGGCGCCGGGACCAUGGAGAGAGAAAGGGAACGAUCACUGGGGAGGGACGGAUCUCUCUGUCGCCACGGUGACCUGCGGGGUGCAGAGCUGGUUCAGGUGGCAGAGCGGGAGCUGUCUCAUAUUCAACACGUUCACGGAUACGUCACUCACACACACAUCACGCCUGCUCAGGUAGAAUCACCUGAGGUACGCUUUGAUGACGAGGCGUGGCCUCAUCCGAGGGGAGAGAGGCUGAACGAAGUCCCAGCCCCGCCUUUCUCCUCUCUCUAUUCACACAGCCACGCCUACUACCAGGCCAACCCCCCUCCAGUGGUGGUCAACACAGACAGCGUCGACACCCCGCCAUAUGUCAAUGGAACAGAAGCAGACUAUGAGUAUGAGGAAAUCACGCUGGAGCGGGGUAACUCAGGUCUGGGGUUCAGUAUCGCAGGGGGGACUGAUAACCCUCACAUCGGAGAAGACCCCUCUAUCUUCAUCACCAAGAUUAUACCUGGAGGGGCUGCCGCCCAAAAUGGACGACUCAGGGUGAAUGACUGUAUAGUCCGGGUGAAUGAGACAGACGUCAGGGACGUGACACACAGCGGGGCUGUGGAGGCGCUGAAGGAGGCAGGAGGUCUGGUCCGACUGUGUAUACGACGCAGGAGGAGCCUCACUGAGAGAAUCCUGGAUAUCAAGCUGGUCAAGGGACCUAAAGGUUUAGGAUUCAGUAUAGCAGGUGGAGUUGGAAACCAACAUGUCCCGGGCGACAACAGUAUCUACGUGACUAAGGUCAUCGAGGGAGGGGCUGCACACAAAGACGGACGGCUACAGAUAGGGGACAAACUUGUGGCUGUGAACGCCGCCUGUUUAGAGGAGGUGACUCAUGAGGACGCAGUGGCUGCCCUGAAGUCCACUUCUGACGUUGUUUACCUCCGCGUGGCCAAACACGCCUCCCUUUUUAUCAAUGACAACUUCCCUCCACCUGACGUCACUAAUUCGUACUCCCCACAUCAAGACAACCAUAUAAGCCCCUACAUGAGCGGCAGCCAGUCUGUAAGCCCCGCCCCAUUGACCACGCCCAGAUACUCCCCAUUGCCCAGGGCCAUGACUGGAGACGACGACGUCAACAGGGAACCCAGGCGGCUGGUGCUCCAGCGGGGGUCCACAGGCCUCGGUUUUAACAUUGUUGGAGGGGAGGAUGGAGAGGGAAUCUUCAUCUCCUUUAUUCUCGCUGGAGGUCCAGCUGAUCUCUGUGGGGAGCUACAAAAGGGAGACCGCAUCCUGUCGGUGAACGGUGUGGACUUGUCCAGUGCAACACAUGAGCAGGCAGCAGCAGCUCUGAAGAACGCAGGACAGACUGUUACCAUAGUAGCGCAGUACAGACCUGAGGAGUACAGUCGUUUCGAGGCGAAGAUCCAUGACCUGAGGGAACAGAUGAUGACCAGCAGUGUCAGCUCCAGCUCCACGUCGCUCCGCUCCACACAGAAACGCACGCUUUACGUCAGAGCGUUGUUCGACUACGACGGAAGUGCGCCAGAUCUGAGCACCCCCAAUCAGGCCCUGCCAUUUCAUUUCGGGGAUGUUCUCCACGUGAGCAGCGCUGGCGAAGAGGAGUGGUGGCCCGCCCGUCACCUCAGCCCCCCGCCUCCAAACUGCCCUGAAGUCGGAGUCAUCCCCAGCCGCAGGAGGGCAGAGAAAAAGGAGAGGUCGAGGUUAAAGAUGGUCAGAGUGACGAGGUCUCAGGACCGAUCGGAUCAGGAUGAUAAAGAGCUGGUAACCUAUGGCACCAGCGAUAAUGAGAGUAGUUCCUCUGGCCAGGAGGAGACAUUACUCACCUACCAACCUGUCAUACAGCAGGAAGUUAGUUACACACGGCCAGUCAUCGUGCUUGGACCAAUGAAAGAUCGGAUCAACGAUGACCUCAUAUCCGAGUUCCCUGACAAGUUUGGCUCCUGCGUCCCACACACAACGCGGCCGCGGCGAGACUAUGAGGUGGACGGCAGAGAUUACCACUUCAUGUCCUCCAGAGAGCUCAUGGAGCAAGAGAUCCAGGAACACAAGUUCAUAGAGGCUGGACAGUAUAACAACCAUCUGUAUGGAACCAGCAUACAGUCGGUCAAAGAAGUCGCUGACAAGGGUAAACACUGCAUACUGGAUGUAUCAGGGAAUGCGAUAAAGCGUCUCCAGUUGGCAGGCCUCCAUCCCAUCGCUGUCUUCAUUAGACCACGCAAUGUCGACAACAUCCUAGAGAUGAACAAGCGUUUCACUGAGGAGCAGGCGAGGAAGACCUUCGACAGAGCUGUCAAACUGGAGCAGGAGUUCACAGAGUUCUUCACUGCUAUCGUCCAGGGCUCGUCUCUAGAGGAAGUGUAUUCGCAGGUGAAGCAGAUCAUUGAGGAGCAGUCUGGUCCUUACAUCUGGGUGCCCACCAAGGACCGACUCUGAAUAAACACACACAUACUACAUGAUCACACACGUCACUCUAGCUAACACUUCCUACAGCUCUUAUUUUCUAUUAUCAGCCUGCUUCCUCUCUCUCUCUCUCUCUCUCUCUCUCUCUCUCUCUCUCUCUCUCUCUCUCUCUCUCGCUCUCUUGUACACACACAUCACUACACACAAACACACACAUUUACACAAGCACAUAAAGAUGGACGAGGCUGGGACUAUCUGGGACUGCUACUUCCUGAAGUGGGAGGGGCUAAUGUCUGUCCAGCAGCCUAUUGGUAGAUCUUCCUACAGCUCAGUUCCUUAAUGUUUAAGGAGGGGUUUCAAAUCAAGGCGACAUGUACCAUUAUCUAAUUUGAUUUCAUUAUUGUUCUUCUUAUUGUUGUUGUCGUUGUUGUUUUCAUAUUAACGAAGGGUAAUGCAUUCAUGUAUGGGUUUGUAAUGAUAAUAUUGUCACCAAGAGGCAGACUUUUGCACGCUGUAGCUUUAAGAGCAUGUUUUUGGGACAAAAUCUUGAUCUCCUUUCCAGUCUGUCUGUCUUUCCUCAUGGCAUUGCUCCCGUUUAGUCUUUCUUCUAUCUUUCUCUCAUAUCCCAUCCUUUCCUCCUCCUUUCCCCUUUAGACUACAGACUUUAGAUAUGAGGUGAACAUUUGAUAACAUUUUGGUACCAAGAGCCAAAAUAAACCUAUAGUACAAUUAAUAGAUGUAACAAAAAACCAUAACUGAUAAUAUCAUUGAGACUCUUGAUAUUUCUUGUAAAUUAGAUUUUGAACUUUAAAAUAGAUAAGUAUGGUACGAAAGCCCUAAAAGGCAAGGUGAAAAAAAAUAUUUUUCUUCAACAACAAAUUAAGUAAAAGGCCUCAUAGUCCAUUUGGAGCCCUGGGCCUGUAUUUAUCACGUUUCUGAACAUUAUACUUAAGAACCUAAAUAGGCCAGAAAAAAGGUUAUUUGCUCAAAGUAAUGAUUAGAAGUUAUUUAUCAAGCGUCUCAUGAUCACAUGAUCAAUUACAUGUAUGCUCAGAGUAGGAGCAGCCAAUUUGAUUUUGUAUUGUUAAAAAGUAAAUGUAAUUGUGUGAAAUCCUUAAUAUCACCAGAAGCAAAUAGCAUGUAAAAUUUAAAACAAUCAUAUAUAUUUACAAUAAAAUAAAUAUACAAAUAUGGACUAAAAUAGAAACUGGAGCAUGAAAGAAGCUGUGCUGUUGGUAGAUGAGGUACACCAGAGAAAACAGAUAUUGAGGUGCAGGUAAUGAAGAUGCAUGGAAAGGGAUUGCAAACAAAAUCAAUGACAGCUUUAUUCUUGUUGUUUGCACCCUUAUAAACACAAGAAGCAAAGAGAAGAAAAAGUAUUGUAGUAAUCCUAUUAAGUGUUCAAAUAAAAAAUGCAAAUAAUGGUGUAAAAAAUUUUUUUUAUUAGAAUCAAACAUAUUGCUUAUAGCUAAAGUAUUGCCCAUCGUGACCAAUAAUAUGUUGUACAAUUCUUCCAAAACACAUUUAAGAGGGUAAAAGUAAGGCAUUUUAAGUCCAAUGUUUUAAUUCAAGCAGUUUGAUAAAUACGGGCCCAGAUCCUGCAGAUCUCCUCUUCCUCUUCCUCCUCUCCAUCUCAUGCUUUCAUCUCUCUCCUCCACAGUCACAUUGUGACAUUAGUCGAGCACUCCAGCAUUAAACAGUGUAUCUUCUUCUUCAUCAACACUAUCAUCACGAUCAUAAUCAUCAGCAUCAGCAUCAUAGUUUUCCUAUUUAAUGCAGUUGCACUAAUGGGGGCUGGUUUCUUAAAAGCAUCUUAGCGUGACAGAACUGAUCCCAUCUCUGUGUUUCUGGUGUUUGGACGUGUGAUACACUCACUGUACUUUCAGCCAUCAGUGGUUAUUAUGCUGGUUUGAAAGAGCGCACGAGGUCAGGGAACUCUUUAUAGUCACUUGCUGUAUGUCAUGCUAUUGUUGCGUUGUUGAAGACAUCAGGUGUACUCCUCUGGUAAACGAUACUGUCAUGGCCCACUGAUCAACUGCAUUAACUCUUUUUGCAACAGGUUUUUUUUUCAUGCUGGAUUUACAACACCUGAAACUAGCUCCAUUUGUGACCAGUGCUCCAUAGGUCACUCCAUGAUACAGGCACAUGGUGAACAAUCAAUGGGUUAUAUUUUGAGCCGUUAAUGGGUUGUAUCGUCAAAGGUGUUUUCAUGGUCACACAGAUGUCUACAGUCUGCCCAGACAGAUCCAAUUUCUGGAAAAUGAUUUUUUUUUUUUUAAGUUUCCUGUUUUAUAUAGGUGCUACAACAUGCAACUUAGUUACUACAGUACAGGUAGACCCUUGCUUUGCACAUCACUUGACUGAGGUGAACACACUUCACAGAAUAUAUUAAACUUUACUUGACCAAAAACAAAAGAAAAAAAUCUCAGUAUGCGCUGAAACCUAGCUUCUCUUCAUCUUUUUAGAGCACUGCGGUUGUUUUAUUGUCCUAAUCUUUUUUUAUCAGUUUAAUUUACAUGUUGUGCUAAAUAGUUUGAGUAGCCUAAAUAGUGCUAGGAGCAAUGUUUUUACAAGUGGAUCCCUGAUUUGUUUGUAUCAUGCAUGAGCAUGAGUAUAACCAGGGGUCACAUCUUGAUCGACAGUUGGUGGCAGGAUCAGAGUCUCACAGUCUGUGGAAAUAAACCAUUUAAAUGUUGGUUUAGCCUCGAGCAUUUUUUCCCGGGCAGAUAGUAGACAUCUGUGACAUCACAAAAAUACCUUUGAAGGCGCAACCCUCUGCUAGGUAACAGGUAAAGAAAUUACAAUUUGGCUUUUCUCUUACAGCUACUAUAAUCAAUAUUUUUAUAACUAUGUAUCAAGUGACAAUGUGAAAACAAUGUGACAAAGAGAAUUAUCAGCUGAAUCUGCAGCUCUCAUCUGCUUUAUAGUGAGUUUCAGAUCGUUUAGCUGUCCGGCUGCAACUUCACUGCUUUGGUUCAUUCUUACAGCACUCAUUUUGGCUGCAGCAGGCAGCUGUUUUUAGUGAAAUGGUUCUAAAAACUCAACGUACACUACCUGCUCAGCACCAAACAGCAGACAGACACAUCUAGCUGGUGAACAUAGUGGAGCAUUGAGCAGCUAAAGAGUCAGAUAUUUCCCUCUGGAGUCGGUGGCUAAAAGAGAGUGAAGUCACAAAUGGGGCUUACCUGAAACAUGACAAUAACCUCCGUGGUUAAGCGUAACAUUUGAAAUACCGAGAUGCUUUUGGUAACACAACCCGUGUAUGGACCAGCCAACCACUUCCCAUCUCCACCCUCAAACCCCCCCAGGGCGACUCCUCCAAGCUGAGACGUACAGAAAUACAGUUCUGUCAACAAAGUAGCUCUUUGACCCAAAUAAUAGAUAGUUGUGACCACAUGUGUGUUAAAAGCUUUAAUAUUUCUUCACAGAAUGUCCAGUUAAAUGAAUUCUUUCCAUCUAUAAUCCUCUAUCACUCCAGUAAACCAGUGGUGUUGUCAGUUGACAGAACUGGAUUCUCUGUGUGACUCUGGCUGUGUGUUUUAGCCAGGGGACCAUGUCACUGUCUGUUAGAGUAAAGCACCGAUGCAAAGAAUCUAUUACAGAUCUAUAUCUAACAUAUUAUAAUAUUUAUCCCUGCUCUAACUGCCUAUUUUGGUACAAAAAAAAAUAAAAGUAUUUAUUAAGAUUUACUGAAAUCCCUCGACCAAUGACGGGAGAUGCUUAUUCUGUUUUGUGUUGUGGAAUGUGUAUGAAUGUGAAUAUGAUAUAAUAACUGUAAAUAUUAAUAUAUUUUCCUCCACUUUAACUUCUACUGCAAGUUUGCAGUGGUCUCUAUUAAUGUCUAAUAUGGUUAUGUUGAGCAGAGACACCCAGCUUCUUCUGCUGACUCUAAUGAAUUAAAAAAAUGCCACUUAAUUUUAUCAUUAGAGUCUAGAGCGGCGCUAGUGACUCUGGGAUGUCCACUGUCUUAGAGUAGCAUGCUUACAUUUGCUAAUUGAUUAGCACUAAACACAGAGUACAGCUGAGGCUGCAGGAAUUUGGUCAUAAACCAAAGUAUUGGACAAACAAAUGUUGACCUGAUGGUGGCAUAGAGGAAAAGUCAGAGCAUCACCAAAGUUACGGAACAUGAAUGCCUGUACCAAAUUUCUUGGCAAUCCAUCUGAUAUUUUGAUAGGUCCAUCUGGACCAAAAUGGUAGACCAAUUAGGCGACAUCUCCAUUCCUGGAGCCAAACCUGCAGCACGGCACAGUGGAACUACAACCAUGGUAGAACAUGAACAUAUAAUUUUGUUUUAAUUCUGAGAAUCAAAACAUGGUCAGUUUUUCUAAGCUUGAUAUUACUAUUCAUUUUCUGAAAAUCCUCAGCCACUAGAGGUCAAUAUCAUUUCACAACCUUAAAAGCAACACUAAUUCUGUGUACACUCGUUUAAACAAGUGUCAGAUUUCAAAUCAUUCAUGUGCUCAUAUUUUCAAAAGUCUGUAUCCUUAUGUUUUACCCACACAAACGGUAUCUUUCUUUUCCACACGCUCUCUCUCUCUCUCUCUCUCCCUCAUACAUAACUCUCACUCACAAUUGCUCUAGUUAAUCAGUUAGUGUCUGUGCUGCUGCAGAGCCAAAAGGUUGUUGUUCAGUUUAUGUGAAAGAGGUGACACCUGACAGCAAUUAAGUGAAAAAGAAGACCUCAUGUGGGGCAUGUGCUGUACUGAGUCUUACUAAAUUCCUUAACUAAAUGCUAGUGGAAUGAAAUAGUUUUGUUUGUUUUCUACUUAGAAAGUAUUCACAUUCAAUACUUAGUUUUUCAUGAACACAACGUAUCAAUUGCAACGUAUCAAAUGCAGUCAAACGUAUCAAUUGAAGUUAAUGGGUGUCCUGGAAAGAACUCUACUAUUUGGUAUUAAUUAAAGAAAAUAGGAAUGUUCUUGAAAUAAAAGUACCAUUCACACC